UCAGACUAUUAUCUGGGGUCAUUUUAUGAGGUUAAUAUGAAUGCUUUUGCUACAGACGAUGAAAGGGGAUGGUGCAUAUGUGGCUGCAGUGAAAGGAGACUUGUUGAAUUGUGUUCAUUGGGUUUCUUGCUUUAGUAAUGGCAUUCAUUCUCAUUCAGGGGAUACCUGUCUGUGACGCAGCGCUGUUAUACUGCGUUUCUUUACAAUAUGAUAUUGAGUUUUUAAGACUGUGCCGUCGUAAUGACGGUAUUGAGUGGUGGAUUGAUUUAGGUGGGACACUACUGAAGGCCUCGGUUUAAAUUGCACAGCCCGCCACUGUAUAAUAGUAAUAUAAUAGGUAUCACGUGAUUGCCCGUGACACAAAAAAACGAUUGGGGACGCUCGGGUGUAGUUUCGCCUCCGCACCAGCAGGGGUAGUAUUGCAUUUGCUUUCCAUGGGCGCUGUCUUAGUAAACACAACCGAGUUCCGGUGCAUCUCAAAUUUCUGCCUCUUCGCCUGGUAACCGAUGAAUUUCGUCGAUAACUUAAACAAAUGGACGAGUAGGGUGGAUAUGGACUACGGGAACAAACUGAACCAGGCUCUCUCCUCUAGCACUAAAUUUCUGCCCACAGCAGGACUGCGCGGUGCUGGGCCGUUUCAGCACUACGGCCGGCCCCUGGGCCACGGCGUGAAAGUCAAAGAGGAAGACGAGAGUGUGGAGGAUUUCUUCCAUUUCGCUCAGCAUCUUCAGCAGCAAACAGGCGAGUGUCUCACGGCGUGCUGCGGCGGAGCAAAUCCGAAAACCCUCCCUCUCACUACCACUCUAAGUACCUCACUCACGGCGUCUCUCACUUCCCCUCUAAACACUCCUCUCAGUAGCCCACCGCCCAAACCGAGCAGCCAGCCUUCAGCCGAACGGCCGUAUCACUGUCAGGACUGCGGGAAGUAUUUCAGAAUUAGCGACAUUAAGCGCCACCAGCGAAUCCACAGCGGAGAGAGGCCGUUUCCUUGCUUCCAGUGCGGUAAGAACUUCCCCACGUCAGGCGACCUCAAAAGGCACGAAAGGAUCCACACGGGUGAGCGACCGUACCACUGCCUCCAGUGCGGCAAGAAUUUCUCUGACUCUGGUCACCUCAAGCAGCACGAGAGGAUGCACACGGGCGAGCGGCCUUACCAGUGCCCGCAAUGUGCCAAGCGCUUCUACAGAUCAGGUGAUCUCAAGCGGCAUCUCCGCAUCCACAGCGGCGAGCGGCCGUACAAGUGCCCGCAGUGCGAUAAGACCUUCUCCGAUUCUGGUCACUUGCGGGGCCACCAGCGCAUCCACACGGGAGAGCGGCCUCACCGCUGCACGCUGUGCGAGAAGAGCUUCUUUAGAUCUGGAGACCUGAAGCGCCACCAUCGGACACACACCGGAGAGAGGCCGUACCAGUGCUACCAGUGCGGGAAGAGCUUCUCCGAAUCGGGUCACCUAAAAGAGCACCGGCGGAUUCACACCGGUGAAAAACCGUAUCACUGCAACCAGUGCGACAAGAGCUUCUCACGUCUGGAACGACUGAAGGGUCACCAGAGCAUCCACACGGGCGAAAGGCCCUUUCAUUGCGCCCAGUGUGGCAAGAACUUCUUCAGAUCUGGUGAGCUCAAGAGGCACCAGAGGAUCCAUAAUGGCGAGAGAGCAUGAAAUGGCUUUUUGGAGCGUUAGGGCCAGGUUUUGAGGUCUCUGUUUAUUCAGGGGGUGUGUUUUUAUUUUUGCUUUUCUUGCUUGUGGCCAAUCUGACAGCUAAUCCCAUCGAGUUUUCUGCCAUGUUCGACGAAUAAUUCCAGAGUCAACCGGAGAGAAAGGUUAAUACAUAUAUUUCGGCUGUUAGCAACGAGAUUUUAGUUUUUAUGCCCAGAUGGUAACAGAGAGGACAUUUUCCUGGCCCGUGACAUUCCCUCUUAAAUAAAAUCCAAGCAUUGGGUAGUUAAUUCUAUUUUUUAACAAAAAUGCUUAGACACCCCCCUCCCCCCGUCCCCCGCAUGUGACAGGUUCCUUGGAUGGCUUAGUUAGUGAUCCAACCCCCAAGUCAUUCCAGAUCGUUUUUUUUUUUUUUUUUUUUGUAUACUUAUUUUACGGUUAAGCACAGAUUGAGAGCAGCCUGCAAAGUUCCCUGUUACAGUCUGCUUAAAGGAAUGAUUCAGCAAAAACAUUUGAACAUCGAAUCCCCUUUACCCCAAAUGUCACCUGGCGUGGGCUUCUUUAGUAUCGCGCUAGACUUUAGCAAAAGGCUGAUCUAUACUCACUGUGCAAGAUGGCUACUGCGCAUAUCCUGUGGUCAUUCGGUGCAUCGCUUGUGCAUGUUCUCUAAAAUAAACACAGCAUAUUUGCGACGCAGUAACAGUGACCAAACAAACUAGCAACAAAUUGUGUACUAAUGUAUUAUUAUAGACUGUUGUAUAGACUACUGGAGACUGGGCUCUGCAGUAGGCUUAAUACCACAUCUGCAUGAAAUCAAAUAGUACAGUUUGACUUAGAAUCCAUGUGAGCAGUGAUGUUUUGGCUCCGACUUGCCAUCUGUUGGAUGCCAUUUUUAAUUAAAUGCACGAUAAAAGAUUCUCCAUUGCGAAACUAAAGAAGAACAAUAAAUACGUCUUGACAUUUGGAGUAUUGGUGGGUAACGUGUGUGAAGGUUUAACCGGGACCCCCCCCCCCCCUUUCUUUUCUUUCUUUUCUUUCUUUUCUUUCUUUUCUGUUUUGUUUUUUCCUUUCCCCGGCCCCUGCCGCAAUGAUGGAGCCUCAUAUUUCUAACUCCGUUACAAAGUAUGUAUUGUACAGUACAAUAUUUGUAUAUUUUAGCAAGGUAUAACGUCAAGUGAAAGAUCCUGUAGAACUGUAUAUUAAAAAGAUGUGUAUGCUUACAUUCUUUGUAUUUGCAAAAAAAAAAAAAAAACACUGCUUUUUUUUUUUCUUCUUUCCCCCUCAAAAACAAGUGUGUGCUAUAUACAUGUGUUACAGUGCAGACAGUCAACCCAACAUGUGAUUUUGUACACAUUCGACCCUGACACCAGACUACCGAGUUUUUGCAACUUGUCUAAUCUCCCUUUAAUUUUAUGGUUGUACUUGUUGUAUCACUGUAUGUCACAGCACACAAUGAACUUGUGAUCGUUUCGUGCCAUUGUUGUGGCACUGUAAAAUGCUACUGUACUCAUAAUGUAAAACAACACAUGGGGGAAUUCGUUGUCAGCCAGGACACUCUAGAGUUGCCAUUGUAUUCGUUUCGACUGGUAUAUCUAAUAAACGGGAAACUCUCAGUAUAUAGUUUGCCAGUUGUACUAGUCUAGUUAUGAAUUCACUGGCAACUCGGCGUAAGUUUUCACCACUAUGUUGGAAGUAGUAUGUACCGGGUUAGUGUGUAAGACAUCUGUUGUGGAAACGGUUUAUGAUUCAGUUACUUAGGAUCUGCACUUUUAGGUAACACGUAUUAAUCGAAUCUUUUACAAAUCAUAUGAAUUAGAGUUAGUCUUAACUACAAAUUUUUUUUUUUGUUAAACUGAUGUUUUCCAUCCAGAUGUCCUUUUUUUUUUUUUCUUUCUUUUUUUUUUAACCAUGUGCAUCUAUUUAACCAUUUAUGGGUGUGUUUUAGUUUUAUAGGCUUUGUUUCAAUCAGAAUUAUGACUUUUUCAGUUUCUAAAAAAAAAAAAAAAAAAAAAAAGGAAAUCAUGAUCAUGAAUACACAGAAAUGCCCAGUAUUUCUAAAAAGAGAAAAAGACCAAACAUACAAAAUAUAUGGGUACAAUGGUAGUAUUUAAUGUCUCUUCUGAUUGAAUCCAGGCUGUAGAGUAGGUGUGGGAUUUCCAAACCCUGGGAUGCCUUUUCUUUUGCCUGUGCAUGGGUGUUUUCUUUCUCUGUUAAUGUAAUUAUUUCUUAUUUGCACAAAAUAAAUACAUAAUCUCAA